ACAAAUCAGGUCAGGGUGUACUAAGGCUUCUGUUCUAUAGUAGUUCCUUUUCCAGCAGUUCAAGAAGCCCCUUAGCCUCUCUUCAGCCUUCACUUCACUCAUCAUAUCAGUAAUCAGUCAUCAGUGUCACACUCCCUUUGCUCUUCUUGGACCGAUAGAAAUAAUCAUAGCAAGCAGCAUUGGGAACUGUGGCUUGAUCAGAUAUUCAGAUGGCUACAUGUCAGCAGCAGCCAUGGCAAGAAGGGAAUCAGCAGCAGCAGCAGCUUCUGCACCAUGGUGGCUAUGGACAUGGUCUUCCUUCGGUGUACAGAGGCACGGUUGUGCUGCCACGGCGACCGGGCAGCUUGGCGCUGCCGCCGCCGCCGCCGCCACCAUCGUCGUCGGGGAGGAGCGCGACGGAUCAGGCGACGGCGCUGAGGAUCCACAGCGAGGCCGAGAGGCGGCGGCGGGAGAGGAUCAAUGCUCACCUGGCCACACUGAGGAGGAUACUCCCUGACGCUAAGCAGAUGGACAAGGCCAGCUUACUGGCGAGCGCGGUGAACCAAGUGAGGGAGCUGAAGAAGUCAGCGACCGAGGUCGCCGCGCCCGUCCCGCCGGAGGCCAACGAGGUGACGGUGCAAUGCUACGCCGGCGACGGCGAGCACGCGUGCACCUACGUCCACGCCACCGUCAGCUGCGACGACCGGCCGGGCCUCCUCGCCGACAUCGCCGGCGCGCUCCGGCGCCUGCGGCUGAGGCCACUGCGGGCGGACAUGAGCUGCCUCGGCGGCAGGACGCAGCACGCCUUCGUGCUGCGCAGCGAGGAGGAGGGAGCCGCUCCAGCUGCCGGCGAGGCGAGGUCCCUGAAGGAGGGCGUGAGGCAGGCGCUGGCCAUGGCUGCCUUCCCUGAGAUGGUGUACAGCAGCAGCUCCAGGAGCAAGCGACAGAGGAGGAUGCUGGAGUCCCGGUACUCCACGGUUCUGUACUCCCAUGGUUGCUAG